GAAGAACAGCACACCGAAUCGACUUCACGUCAGUUUCAGGUAAAAAUGGUUUCAUUGAGAGAACUCACAGAGCAACGAGGUAACCAGGGUAGAGAUGGGGAGGAGGAAGGGGUUUUAGCCGUGGAGCCUAUCACGAUGAUAGUGCCAUCGGAGUUGCAGGAUGUACCGGAAACAGUGACGCCUGAGAGCAGCGCCAGUUCCCGCGCCAGAGACGACAGUGACAACCACCCUAGUGCAUCGCCAAGCAGCUCGUCUACGGAAGAGACACCCAGCCGUGAAGAGGGGGCGGGGGAUUUGGUGAGCAGUGUCUCAGACCGGCCGGUUAUUGGGGAAUGGGAAAGUGCGACGAUCCCGGGCAGGUUGAGUAACCUGCGGAAAGCGCCGAAGGACCUGCCCGGUGGAUUCAGGUUCAAGGCUGCACUUCAUCACGAAGUAGCAGAUUGUACGCCCUCCAUAAGUGGGUAUAAACGGCUGGAGGAGAUGGUGAGGGCGUACCAAAUCCCCAAGACCAUAUUGCUGCGGACAGGCGGGCAGAACGAAAGAGCGUGUACAGUGUCGCAAACGGGCUGGAUACCAGUGUACGUGGACCACUUUGACGCUGGACUGCGAUUUCCCCUGCCCAGACUGGUGUUCGACCUGCUGGCAGAGUACGAGCUGGCGCUGACGCAGCUAACGCCCAACAGCAUAAGGUUCAUCAUGGGCUUUAUGUUGUUGUGCGCAAGAUUGGAGGUGCCAGCUAAAGCAAUAGUGUUCAGGUCGCUAUUCCAGUGCCGGUUGUGCCCGAACUCACGAGGAGCGAGGUGGUAUUACCUCUCUGGGAGGGAUAAGAGCCUGCUAUUCAAAAACGUGAGGAACAAAGUGGCGAGGUGGAAGAGGCAGUUUAUUUUUGUUCGCGACACACGAGCAGAAAGGAUAAGCAAUGACCUCGCUGCCCGGCUGUCCGAGUGGCGAACGCCGAACGCCCACAUCAAUUAUCCCCAGCUGCUGCCCCGGGAUGUGGAUCUAAAGAACCAGCUGCUCCAGUAUGCGCAGAGGGAGGGUCUUAUAGAUCUGGAAGCCCUGGUUACCUCGGGAGCUCUCGCCGUGUUAGGGUUUGUCGAUGUGACAAACCUGUUCAGCGAAGGUAUAUUUUUAUCAUAUAGUAUUAAUUCUAGCCGGGCUGAGGCUUAUGCGUUUUUUUGUGCAGGAGAAAUGAGCAGCCUGUUGGAACGUCAGCGCCAACGUGCCCAGAGUUCCCGAGGCCGUGGGGCGAGCAGCGCACAGCCCCGGCAAACAAGAUUUGACGAGCGGCCACCCCCAGCGCCUCAAUCACGCAGCUCGUCACACCGGGGAUCUAGCUCGGCUUCAAGGCCACGAGAAGAUCGCAGAGUUGAGAUGGCGGCCCCGGGCUCGCGCAGGCGCACGCGCGAGGAGACGGAGAGCGAGGAGGAUGAAGUUCCCCUAGCCAGGCGCAUAAGAAGCGGGGGGACUCAGCCCGCUCAGGCGGCUCAUCCUACAACGGUGCGUUCGCCCGUCGCACCGUCAGCGAUCGCGCAGGCGCCCGUCGAGCUCGCCUCGGCAUCAGCUUUGUCCUCGGGCCCCAGGAUUGCUUAUCCUGAGGGUUUCAGCUACACACGGGCGGAGUGUCAGCCCGCCAUGGUGCAGGCCAUGCACAGUUUUGUGCCCCCGACAGAUAAUUGGCGGGCAAAAGCGUUCGUGCAGCAGCAUGGCGGCCAGGUCGCCAUGAUCAAGCUGAUGGAUGCAUUCAAUUACGCUGUGGCGCUCUACGAGAGCAAUCAGGCAGCUCGCACAGAAAACAGCGAGCUCGGUUCGAAGUGCAAGCAACUGGCUGCUGAGAAGGCCAGCCUUGUGGACGAUGUGAAUCGUCUACAGGGUUCUGAAAUGGCGAACCGAGCCGCGGCUGCUGAGAGCCGGGCGGACGAGCUCGCCCACAAGAUCGAUGAGCUCAAGGAGGAGCUAGAGCGCGCCCAGGCCGAGCGAGAGAGUGGAAUUCAAGCAGCAAAGGAUGAGGCCGGCCGGGUUGAAGAGCGGGCAAAGAAGGCUGAGGCCGACAGGGAUCAGGCUCAGCACGAGCUGAGCUCCCUUAAGCACCAGGUCGCCGAGGCGGACCGAAACCUUGCUGCUGCCGGGGAGGCUCUGAACGAGCUGAAGGCUUCCCAUGCCCGUUCUGUCGCCAUCGCCCGGGCUCAAGGGCGGAAUGUACUGCAGCACUGCCCGGAUUUCCCAAUACGCGAGCUGGUCUUCUUUGACGAGGAGGAUCUGGACGAGCAGGGUAAGAGCCUUGCUCCCCUCGCUGAUGCAACUGUGAGGCUGAGAUGGGAUUUGAAUGAGGAGGGCGUGCCCGUCUGGCCACCGUCCAUUCUGGAGGACGGGGAGGACCCAGUAGGACUGCCCUCGUUUGAUGCAUGGGUGGAAGGUGCUCCUGUAGCUGAGCAGGAGCCUUCAAGCACCCCACCCAACUCUCAGCCCGUUGUGGUGCCGGCCAGCUCGCCCAUCAGCGUGCCAGCCUCCGAGCUCGCCGCCCGAUCUCCUCCUGCUCGCUCACCUGCAGCUGCGGCGGACGCAUCCAUGCCCGUCGAUCUGACGGAUGACUAGGCCUGGGACUUUUUUGUUUUAUUUUUUGUAUUUUUGUUUUGGCCUUUUUGUAUUUGAUCGACAGAUUCAGAUCGCCUGUGCUUUUAAUGUAAUAUCGUUGAUGGAAUACAAAAAUGAAUUUUCU